AUGCCCAUGAGAGAGGCUGAAGGGGAUGCUAAAGGAGAUAAAGCCAAGGUGAAGAAUGAGCCACAGAGAAGAUCCGCAAGGUUAUCUGCUAAACCUGCUCUUGCAAAGCCAGAGUCCAAACCUAAAAAGGCCCCUGCAAAGAAGGGGAAGAAGGUACCCAAAGGGAACAAGGGAAGAGCUGAUGCAGAAAACGGAGGUGCCACAAGAGACCAGGCGCAGAAAGGUGCUGGAGAUGCCAAGUGUGUGCAUUAUGGGUAACUGUGUACUUCUGGUGACUGUACAGUUUGAAAUACUAUUUUUUAUCAAGUUUUAUAAAACUGCAUAAUUUUGUUUUACUUUUUUUAAGCUAUGUUGUUAGCACACAGAACGUUUCAGUGUUGUUUUGGG